GUCCACUGAGUCUCUCGCGACCCUUUAAGGUUCAUAUAUUCCAAUAGUACUAUGGGUCAUAUACUGUGGUAAAGGGCAAGCGUCCGGACUCCGGAGUAGUUUCCAUGAACCACAGUAGACAAAAGGUAAGCCUUCAGCCCACAGGGCGCUUCUACUGAUCAAAAAGCAAUUCCUUUCAGUCCCGGCCGAUGCCGAGAUCGAGGUCCAGGCCAGUAGCUACCGACCUACUUCCCUCUCAAUAUCUAUAUAGCACUCUAGAGCCCCGUGAGAUAGAACGACAGAUUGUCCUUUACCAUUCUUUCCCGAUUUCCACCAUUUCAAACACUCAUCACAAUGGUGAAGCUACAAGUCUGCCUGGUCUUGCUGUCAUGCCUGGGAGCAUCAGUCAUGGCAGCUCCUAUCCCUAUCACCGGUAGUGGGAGCUCGACAACGACCACCAUUACUACCUCUUCUUCGUCGGGUAGCGGGUGCUUCAUCCCGCCAGCUGGUGUACCGCUCGGGCCACCGUGUGUCUCGAGCGCCUCGAGCGACUGGAGUGACUGGAGUGACUGGAGCUCGAAGGGCCAAAAGUCGAAAGAUCAGGGUUCGAAGGGUCGCGAAUCGAAGGGCUCCACGACGACUUCUAAGAAGACCACCAAGCAGGAUCAAAAAAGCCGCUCAUCAGGCAUGACCGAUUAAAAUCUGCAUGGAACCACUUAUCGACCUCCAGGACUCGUUCCGUCGCCGAACCAUAGGACGGUUGCCAAGGUCGUUGAGGUUGAUGAAUUGAGAGCUUGUAUGAGUAUUCUUCCAUGGGAUGUACUUUAGUCUUUCGAAGGCCAAGCCGUGGAUGA